AUGGGGGACAAGAGGAGCACUGUUUCUUCUGCUGCAGCAGCCAAGUUUAAGUUUGGUAUUAUGGAGGAACAAUUUAGGGCUCUUCAACUUCAACCUUCACAAAUCAAUGGAGUUUUUCAACAAGUUAUGGAAGAGCGAUUUAACAUUGAGAGAAAUAUCCAUCAGUAUAACGAUAGUAACUAUUUUAUAAAUAGUGCUCCUUCGAUGGAAGAGAGUAGUUCAACAAUGAGAGGAGUUUAUACCAGUCAUAGAAAUAUAUGGAGUAAUGGUUAUGGAUCAUCACUACCUUAUGAAGAUUACAGGAUGAUGGAGAUGGCUUCUAUGGGAGCACUCACUGUCACUCCACCAAGAAUGUUUGGUUAUCUCCAUCAUAACAACUUCUUUCAACCGCCAUGGAGAGGAUGGGUGGUUUUAAUGGCAACAGAUUGUCUCGAAUGUCAAUAUUUGCAAGCAAUAAUCGAAGAGGGCGAUCCAAGAUCUGUUGCAAUGAUUCUCUCCGAAAUAAAGAAUAAUUUACACGAGCUGAUGAAACACCAGUUUGGCAACUAUCUGAUUCAAAAGCUUUUUGAAGCAAAGAAGGGCAUCACUAAUAUCCAAAUAGAUUCUAUUGUUUACUUGAUUAUCUCUGAUGUUCAAAAGUUCAGUGACGUCUGCAAGAACAAUCACGGAACUCGAGUUGUGCAGAUAAUGCUGGAGAAUGUUAGAUGUCCAUUCACGAAAUAUGCUGUAUUACAUAUGAUGAAGUCUAUCAUCGUUGAAUUGAUGAACAAUGUUAACGGUGGUUAUGUCAUUAUACAAUGCGUGAAGAUUUUCCCGCCAACACUAAAAAAGGUGAUCAUGGAUGAAUUAGCAAAAAAUUGUGUUGAUAUUGCAACACAUAAGAUUGGAUGUUCAGUUGUUCAAACUUGUCUUUUAGAGAGUGGGAUACUAGCCAUAGACUUGAUAACAUCAAUCAUCUCAAAUGCUACGUUGCUAGCAGAAGAUCCUUACGGAAACUACGUGGUGCAAUUUGUAAUUAAAAUGAAGUUCCCGCUAGUAAAUAAACGGAUGAUAGCAGAACUUCGUGGAAAAUUUGCUGGUCUCUCUAUGAACAAGCAUGGUAGCAAUGUGGUGGAAGAUCUAUUGAGAUGUUCUAAUCAAGAUGAUGUUCAUGCUAUAGUAAAGGAGCUAAUGAGAAGUACAAAUUUCUUGGAGGUUAUCCAAGAUCCUUUUGGGAAUUAUGUUGUACAAAGAGCACUAAAAUGCACUCAGGGCUAUCUACGAAGAAAACUUUCUUUUCUCAUCCGAUCAUAUCGCAGAGAACUUCAAUACCAUCCCCACGGAAAACUAGUAUUUGACAAUGCCAAAUCUAAAAGAAGAUGA